CCAGCAUGCUUGGCGGCAAUUCAUUCCGGUCUUCUUAACAAUGGGGGUCGACAUUUUAUAAUGGAAAAAAGCACAGUUGAAAGGAAAUUCAUUAUGAGGAGACCUAUCAUAAUGAUGACUGAAAAGAAGCCGGACCCACCUGAAGUUGAAGUUAAAUGUGAUACAACGAUAAAAGAUCUUCCUGAUGGAGUCACAAGGGUGGUAUGUCCAGAGCACUGCAAAAUGAAAAAAAAACAAGUGAGGAACACAGAUGGAUAUGACAGUGAAACCCCAGUUUGCUUGGCAGCAUUUAAUUUUGGCAUUCUUCCGAAAGGAGUUCGAAAGUUUAUAUUAGAGAAAAAAACAGGUCAAGACAAAUUUCUUGUAAGAAAACCUCCUAAAGAAAUUGCUGAAGAGAAGCUACAGGAAGUUGAAGUGGACUGCACUACAACAGUAAUGGAGAUUCCUGAAGGAAUUGUGAAGUACGUAAGACAGUCCUCUGUGAAUGAAAUGCAGUUUGCUGAUAUUCAAAACAUUUCUGUCACUAUAUUAAUGGAAGGAUGUAGCAUGAAAGUACAGGUAAUAUGUCCAAAACAGUGCAAAAUGGAAGAAGGCAUCGUGCAGAACACAGAUGGAUAUGGAAGGGAAACUCCAGUAUGCUUGGCAGCAUCUCAGCAGGGUAUUCUUCGCAAUGGAGCUCAAUCUUUUAUAUUACAAAGAAAAUCAGGUCAAAAGAAAUUUGUGGUAAGGAAGCCUAUUGAAGAAAUACCUGAACAGAAGCCAAAGAAGCUACCAGAAGUUCCAUUUUGGGCACCAGUUCACAGAAAAUACAUUGCAAAACCAGAAGAGAAUGCAGAGAAGGGCAACUAA